UCGAGCUCAGUCGGUCCCGGCGCCGGAGCCGAGCGGAGGCUGCGGCGGGUCCGGACCGGGGCCCUGGGCACCGCCCGGGCGAGCCGCCGCGAGGCGCCGGGGAUGGGCGCGGCCGGAGCCCUGGACCCGCGGCGCAUGAACGAGACGCUGCAGCGGCUGCUGUGCGCGGGGGGGCCCGGCAACGCCUCGGGCUGGAACCGGAGCCUCUGCGACCCGCUGCGGAGCCCCGCAGACCUGGACUUCACGGUGCGAGUCCUGCUCUACUCGCUGAUCUUCCUGCUCAGCGUCUUCGGGAACUCGCUCAUUGUCGUGGUGCUGGCCCUGAACCGGCGGCUCCGCACUGUCACCAACUGCUUCCUGCUCUCGCUGGCGCUGAGCGACCUGCUGCUGGCCGUGUGCUGUAUGCCCUUCACCCUGCUGCCCAACCUCAUGGGCACCUUCGUCUUCGGCACCGCUGUCUGCAAGCUCAUGGCCUAUCUCAUGAGCAUGUCCGUCAGCGUCUCCACCUUCAGCCUGGUGGCGAUCGCCAUUGAGCGGUACAGCGCCAUCUGCAACCCGCUGCAGUCCCGCGUGUGGCAGACCCGCUCCCAUGCCUACCGGGUCAUCGCCAGCACCUGGCUGCUCUCCCUGCUGCUCAUGCUGCCCUACGCCAUCUAUAGCACCACAGUGCCCGUGCCCGCCCGGCCCGGCCUUGCCCAGUGCCAGCACCGCUGGCCCAACCAGCACUUCACACAGGCCUGGUACAUCCUGCUGCUCCUCAUCCUCUUCUUCAUCCCUGGCGUGGUGAUGGCCGUGGCCUAUGGACUCAUCUCCCGCGAGCUGUACCGCGGCAUCCGCUUCGAGAUGGACGUCAAGAGAGGAGCCACGGGUCUCCAGCAUGGUGCCACGGAGCCCCUGGCACCGGGGCUAGAGGACGACGGGUGCUACGUGCAGCUGGCCAGGCCGGGGGGGGUGCUGGAGCUGAGCUCGCUGGGCCGGGUCGGCGCGGGGGGGGUGCAGCAGGACGGCGCCCGCGUCAAUAGCUCGCAGGCCAAGCUGCUGGCCAAGAAGCGGGUGAUCCGCAUGCUGAUCGUCAUCGUGGUCAUGUUCUUCCUCUGCUGGCUGCCCAUCUUCUCCGCCAAUGCCUGGCGCGGCUUCGCCCCGGCCUCGGCCCAGCGGGCGCUCUCGGGCGCCCCCAUCUCCUUCAUCCACCUGCUGUCCUACACCUCGGCCUGCACCAACCCCCUCAUCUACUGCUUCAUGAACCGGCGCUUCCGCACCGCCUUCACCGCCACCUUCGCCCGCUGCCGGCCCCGGCGCCCGCCCCGCCCCGCGCCCGACGACGACGUGCCUGCCACUGGCACCUCCCUCUCCAAGAUCAGCUACACCACCGUCAGCAGCCUGGGGCCCCCCUAGCCCCCCCCCAGCAACCUGGGGCCCCCCCGGCAGCCGGGGACCCCUGCCAGCAGCCUGGGCCCCCCCUCAGCAGCCUGGGAGCCCCCCUCAGCCCCCCUCAGCAGCCUGGGCCCUCCCUAGCAUCCCCUCAGAAGCCUGGGCCCCCCCUCAGCAUCCUCCUGUCAGCAGCCUGGGGCCACCUUGAGUCCCCUCUGCCCAACCCUCAGCCCUUGUCUCUUACCCACCCCCACCCCAGGGCUGUGCUGCCCCAUGGACUCCUAAAGGCCGGGGCCUGGGCUCCCUGGUGCUGGCAGUGGGGCCCAGGAAGGCCGUGCCCCAUUGGGGGGCUGGGCUCUGGAUGGGGGGUUGGUGUCCCAAGGGCUGGGCUAGGGGCCAC